UCUUUCGCCCCUAUACCCAAGUUCGACGAUCGAUUUGCACGUCAGAAUCGCUGCGGACCUCCACCAGAGUUUCCUCUGGCUUCGUCCUGCUCAGGCAUAGUUCACCAUCUUUCGGGUCCCAACGCGUGCGCUACUGCUCCGCCUCGCCGACGGUGCGGCCGAAACGGGCGGGUGUCUCGCUAUUUAUAA